UGGCAUCAAAUACAACUCCAACAUGGAGAGAAUUGCUGGGAAAAGGUUUGUGUGAAGGAACUUCUCCCUCCUACAAGGUGACAGAGGCAUCUGAUGUCAAAGCCGUCCAUGUUCUGGACAGUUUGCUUGUGACAGUGACGGGCCAUAUGGAUUUGGGGCUUUGCUGGGCUAUGCAGAUGGUCGUGACACCUUUCCAGAGCUGCAGACCUGAUUCUUGCUUAGCCCCAGUGUGUGGGAAUCGAGUUAAUCUCCCCAGUGCUUUUCCUCUUGGCGUCACAACAGCGCGUCAUCCAUGGAGGAGGCGACGUCAUGGCCUAAAUUCCACCCUUGGGCCUUAUGUGAUAUGUUAAUAGUUUAUUGGCUGAAGCUUUGCACUGGUUUCUGUUAGUAAGAGCACACAAACUAGUAGUUUUUAAUAGAAUUACUGUGAGUGCAGAAGUUUGCAGUUCUUGCUCACCUGCAGCACCCCAAAAUACAGAUUACCAGGAAGUCCUUUGGAGGUGGAGUUCUGAUUUCCUCCUCCAUACAUCCCCCCUGUCAAUUCCAGCAUCUCAGUACUCCAGACCCAAGGCUGAGUCAGAUCCUGGGGAGUCUUUCCUGAUGAAAAUGCACAAGUUUAAAUAUAAAAAUAAAAACAAUUGCAUAAAAACAAUACAACUCUGACACUUCCAGUUCAGGAAGCUUAGUGACCGGAGGAUGCUCUGCUUAAACAAUUAGGCUCCUUAUCCCGUCAGUGCGUCUGAGGGACAGGCCAACCACUUAAGCUACGAUUAUCUUAAAACUGUCCAAGUCAGCUGCUUGUCUGACACUGCAGGAAUUUAAAGAGCUGAGCAGUAGAUAAGCAGGCAGUGGAGCAGCAGCCCUGUUCUCCCUGCCCUGCGAGGAGAGCUCCAUGAGUUCAUCUGACGCAGCAAGAAAUCAGGCAGGAGUGAUGAGCUACCUGGAUGAAGUUCCCUUCCGGAUGGCCCUGAGCCUCGAUGGGGACUCAGGGGGAGAAAUCCCCUUAAUCACCGCUCCGGACAUCGAGGUCCCCGACUGCACCGACAUCCUCAUGAGCACCAUGCACGACUUCUCCCUGGAAAGGAAAGUGCUGUACUGGGUCGAGGUGGCCUCUCAGCAGCAAACCUGCCGACACCGGGUCACCUCCGAGGUCGUCCCCACGGCCCCGCCGUGCUGGCUGCUGCUGGUGGACCCUGCUGACAGCUACGGGGGCCGGGCUCGGGACGUGGCAGUGCGGCGCUCCAUCAGCAUGAGCGCCGCCGACACCUCCUACGGGCAUGACACCGAGAGCGAGACCUGGCACUCGGAGGAGGGCGACUGCUCGGACGAUGAGUACUCCUCGACCUCCCUGGAGGAGAAUGACAAGGAUGAAAAGCUCCUCUCCAGGAGGAGAAGCUCUGGGAGAAGCAUGGCUUCACGUCUCAGCUUUUACCAGACCCGACCAAAGACAUCACCUUGCUUGUUGGAGCCCUCACCAGAGAACAAUGUCCACAGCCCAGCCAGCCCGGACCCCAGCAAGCAGAGAAGAUCCAUGGUGAUAUUUAACAACAUGAAGAAUGAGCUGGAGGCAGCCAGGAGGAAGCUGGCUGCUCUGGUGCAUCCUUUGAACAGAGCUGCCACGGGGGGCAGGGGGAUCCCAGUGCCACGGCUGCUCCCACAGUGUCCCGGCACCAACCGCAGUGUCAAGUACGGGCCAGCCCAGGACGUGUCCCAGCUGGGGACCUUGGUGCCAACUCCUCCUGCCACACCUGCACCAAUCCCACCCAUCAAGCGGCACAAACCCACAGUGCCGUCUCUCAGCCCCUACACCUGCCUCCCCCCUGCCUGCACGCCUGGGAGACCCCUCAGCUCCCUCAGAUCUCAGCCGGAUUCCUCGGCUGACCUGCUUUCUGCUCUGAGCCAAGAGGAGCGAGACCUCAUCGAGCCCGUCAUAGCCCUGGGCUACCCCACGCACAAAGCCAUCCUCACCCUCCAGAAGACGGGAAGGCAAAGCUUAAGUCAGUUCCUGAGCUACCUGGGUGCCUGUGACCGGCUGCUGAAGCAGGGCUACGAGGAAGGGCAGGUGGAGGAGGCCAUGGAAAUGUUCCAGUACUCAGAGAAAAAGGCGGCUGAAUUCUUGCAUCUCUUGGCUCAGUUUAACGAUAUGGGUUUCCAGCAAAAUGAAAUCAAAGAAGUUCUUUUGCUUUGUGGGAAUCAGAGGGAGAGGGCGCUGGAAGAGCUCGUGAUGAAAACCCACUGAGCAGCACCCUGGACCCAUCACAGCUUCCCCUCUCCAGACUGGACCAGAAGCACUCGGGUGGUUCUGCUGCUCCAUCCCCACCCCUGGAAACAACCAGUCACAGACCUUCACAGCUCUUCCUUGAUGUCUCAUCUCAUUUUAUGGACAUCCAUCAUAAGAGUGUUUAUCAUUCAGGCACCGACUUCAUAGGAGGAAUAUUUAUCUCCUCACCCACACGUCCCCACCCUGAUCAUCUCAGCUGUUCAGAUUAGAUGAAAUAAGAUCCAAACCGCCUUCAGCUUAGAUUUUUGCAAAACCCAAACCACAGUGUUCUCCCUCCACCUGGGGUGAUGGGUGUCAUGUUUUCAGCUACAAUCAAAUGUGGAUUCUUAAGAGAUUAUAUAAAUCAUCAGAAGAAAUUGUUUUCCUAAAAUCUGAAGGAACAUGUGUUGGUCCUGGCUUGGUAAGAGUCUCAGAUGACUUAGUCGUGGUUGAAUAUUGUAAUUGAAAUCAAGUUUGAUCACAUUAGCUUCUCCUUUUAAACCAGAAAUGUGAGAAAAAUACACAGUUCUGUGAGGGUAAGGAAAGAAAACAGGCUGCCCUUGCUCUGAAAUACAUGAGGUUGAAUGCAAAAUGGUGGAGGUAAGGGUUUGUCCUCAGGGAACUUCCUGAAAUCGGAACAGAGAGACGGGGAACUGCUCACUGCCCUCAUGCUCUGCCCAAAUCAGGAAAAUUCAGGGGAUGCUUCCCUAAACUGUGAAGACAGUGGCUCCAAAUGAAGUUAAGCAUGAAAGUCAGCAUUGGGAACAUCUGGAUACUCGGGGGAAUUUCUGUAUGUAACUGAAGGACAGAGAAUGGGAUGUGUGUCUUGGCUUGGCAGUGGAACAGUGGACAGUGUUUUCACAUAAAGUAUGUUAUUUUCCUGUGAAUUAGAUACAGAUGUAAUUUCUUUGAGUAAAGAUGCUUGGGGGGGUUCUUCUGCAAUGUGUUUGUGUCUUUUCCUGUCAGGAUGCCAACUGGCACAACCCAGCAGAGAAAAUCCUUCGUUAGUUGCAUUAGUACCAUUUUUCCAUUGUAUCCUUCCAAACAAUCUCUCAGUCUAACAUACUGCCAUUGAGGUAAAACACUGUGUCCCUUUUCCCUGGAUCUCCAGGUGGAUGCCAGACACCAGCAGGAAGGUACAUCUCUCCAUGGCUGCCUUCAUUCUUGCCUGGAUGUGCAAGGAAACUUGGCAUCCAAGUUUUGGGGGACUUGACCCAUCCAUUCCCAAGGAAGCUUUAUUCCUGCCCUUCUUUAAUGGCAUUGAAACAGAAAAUGUGGUACCUUGUGUGACCAAGGGAGAUACCCCAAGGAGCUCACAGGCUCUUCCUGGAGCUCCCAGCCCUGUUUUUGCUCCAGCUUUCCCUUGGUUAUACAAGCUUUUAUUUUUGAUGCGGCCCUUAUAAGGCAAGUCCAUUCUACAGACAGCUUUUCUUUAUGUCCCCUCUUGCCAAGAUGAUGUCACCUUAAAAAAGAAACUUGAAAAAGGUUAAACUGUGAUUAGGACGAUCGUGUCGCCCGGAACUGUGAUCUUUGGCGGAAUGAACCCCUGAGGAUGGAGAGGGGGAGAUAAAGGUGCUGAGCCGGUGCCAGCGGCGCGAAACGUCGAGGGCUGAAUUCUGGUGGAGGGAAGCACAUUGGCAGCGUCGUGCCCCCAAAGGCUGAGCAGCCUCUCACCCUCCUUAGAGGAGCCUCCUUGACCCUGGCUCAUCUUUUCUUGCGGAGGUAAGAGCUGUAUCUUUUGUGCUCCCUUUGCACCUAAAAUUAUCUUGUGUUACUCUCUGUAUCACGGUCUGGAUUGAUGGAUGCAAAAAUGACUCCUCUCUUGGGUUAUACGUGCCAUACUCAACAGCCUGCCAAGACCUGCGCUUUCCCCCAAGCGCUGCACUUAAAAUCUUUUGCAUUUUGUCUACAAAUAUCUUUGUAAACCCCUGAACUAUCAAAAAGCCAGCGAGUGGAGGUGGGGAGGAGGUUCUAUCACUUGGUGUUGGAUCUGGAGGGAAGGGGAGAGCCUGCCAAGUUCAGCAGUCCAGGGUUGGCCACAGGAGCCCAACAUAAAUAUUUUACUAACAGAAUUAUUUUAACUUUAUUUUAAUGGAGGUUUAAGCUGUUUGUUCAACCUGAAAUGGUUUUAAAGCAGCAUGUUUCCAUAUGCUGCUUUCAGUUAGGAGAAGACAACCUGAAAUGUUAA